AAUUGUGCUCAUAUUGUCUUUAUAAUGACCACGACAGGGUUUAAGCUCCUCUUGGAGGUGUUCAGUGUGAUCCACGGGCCGCAGGAGGAAUGUGUGAAGGCCCUGCGGAACGGCCACCUCCUGGGCAUCUCUCCUGGAGGGGUUCGGGAGGCCUUGUUCAGCGACGAGACAUACCCUCUGCUCUGGGGCAAACGCAAAGGAUUUGCACAAGUGGCCAUUGACUCUAAAGUGCCAGUUAUACCCAUGUUUACUCAAAACCUGAGGGAGGGAUUUCGCUCUCUUGGAACAUUAAGAUUUUACCGCUGGGUGUAUGAGAGAUUUCGCCUACCGAUAGCACCCAUUUAUGGAGGAUUUCCAGUCAAGUUUCGCACCUACUUGGGUGACCCCAUUCCAUACGACCCCAAACUCAAUGCAGCUGAGUUGGCUGAAAAGGUAGGACUCCAUAAGUUUUGUUUUUUAUAACUUUGUAGUCCUGUAAAGGGCUGACU